CCACUGCAAUUAAACUUUCCAGAUGCAGAAAAUCAUGCUAUUUGGUCAAUCGAUUUGUGUUGGUAUCCAAAUAUAAUUUGAAGUUUGGAAAUUUUGGCUUUCCUUCUUGCAAAUUCACGUGGCAGGCCAUGACUACAUAAUUCUGCCAAUAUAUCCUCUUCCCCUGAAGCUUCCCCCCUCAUCAUGAAUUGACGCAAAAUGCCAUUUCUACCUUCUAGCCAUCCAUUGACGAAGAAAAGCAUACUACCCUGAUAUAUAUAAAAUCCCUGCUGAUAACCCUUCAAUGCACAUUCCUCCGGGCCUUGGCUAGCAAAACAUUUGACAUGUGUACCCGAAUGGAGAAAGAUCCCAUAUGAUUUCAGCAAUGUUGAGGAAGGUUCGAGAGAUGCUGGUGUUUUUGUUCAUUUCUGUAUUCUCUAAGGCAACUGGCAUUAAGACUCUUGCCAGGGCCACCGUGCCAACUGACAAUGCCGCUGCUAUCUUUUGCCUGAGCUGGAGGCUGGCCGUGGAGACGAACAAUGCACGUGCGUGGCGCACUGUCCCUGCUCAGUGCUUCCGGUAUGUUGAGAAUUACAUGAUUGGAGGACAGUAUGACCAAGAUCUUAACUUGAUUGUGGAGGAAAUCCUGAGUUAUGUGAAUGAGAUAGUUCUAUCUGAGGAUGGCAUGGAUGCUUGGAUUCUAGACGUUGAUGACACCUGCAUCUCUAAUGUUUUCUACUACAAGGGAAAAAGAUAUGGAUGUGAUCCUUUUGAUUCGGUAAGUUUCAAGUCAUGGGUAAACAAGGGAGAGUGUCCUGCAAUUCCCGGUGUGCUUAAUCUAUUUAUCAAGCUUGUUGAAAGCGGAUUUAAGGUGUUUCUGGUGACCGGAAGAAACGAAGAAACAUUAGGCCAAGUCACUAUUGAAAAUCUGCAUAAUCAAGGAUUCAUUGGCUAUGAAAGGCUAAUUAUGAGAGUCAAUAUCCAUGCAAGUGAAAGCGUUCAAAUGUUCAAUCUUUCUUUGAGGCAUAACAUGAAACACAACAUGAAACACCCUGAAUGUAAACACCACCAAUUGAGAAUUUGAUUCAUUCUAAGCCACCCAACCACAACUCAGUUUCCCUUGUCAAAUCAAGACACUCACAGAAUAAUAUUCUUGCUGCCCUAUAAGACAUCAGACAUAUCUAAUGAGAUUUCGGAUCUCCCCCACUAAGCGCAGAAUAUGUGCAAACUUGCCCAUAAAAGUUCAGUCAACCAAACCAGUGCCAGAGUCAGGAUAAAGGUUUUUUUUUUUU